AUGGCUCUGUGUGAUGCUUCAAUGAUUGAGCAGGCAAUAACGGAACAUGUGAAGGGUCUCAUGACGGCCAAUGGUAGUAGUACUCUUCAGGGGUCUCCCUAUCCUGAGGUUGCCGAGGUCAUGCGAACAUUUUCUACGAACAUUGUCCUACUUCGUCAAACUGAUGAAGUUCGUGAAAUGCAAACUGUUCUGCGAGAUAGAACCACCACGAGGAAUGAUUUCGUCUUUUAUGCAAAUCGUCUCAUUCGUUUGGUGAUGGAAGAGGGUCUCAAUCAGCUCCCCUUUGAAGAGGUUUCUGUUACAACUCCCACAGGGCAUCGCUACAACGGGCUGAAAUUUCUGCGCGGCAACUGCGGCGUCUCAAUUGUGCGCAGUGGCGAAGCGAUGGAGCGUGGCCUGCGCGACUGCUGUCGGGGGCUGCGGAUUGGCAAAAUCCUCAUCACCGUCUCAGAGGAGUUUGGCCAAAUCUCCGAGCCGCGCGUCGUCUACGCCAAACUCCCGCCCGGCAUCGAGUCACGCAAGGUUCUCCUCAUGUAUCCCACGCUCAAAACUGGGAACAUUGUGCUGACUGCACUGGAAUUGCUUCGAAGUUACAACGUCUCCGCCGAGAACGUCAUCCUCCACACGCUUUUCGCGUCACCACAAGGACUGAAGAACGUACUAACAAGAAAUCCAGCGCUCACAGUCGUCACCUCGGAAGUACAUCCAGUGGUUCCGAGCCACUUUGACCAGUCCUACUUUGGCACAAUGUAG